AUUUUGACAGUAUAUUUACUCUCUUUCUCUCUCUUUAGAAAUAAAAGAGAAAGAAAUAUCAAGUUUUCCAGUUGUCCACAAGAGGAUCUGCCAUCAUCAAAAGAGGAUAAGAGAUAUAAAAACCAAUAAAAACAAGACUGCAUAUAUUUCUGUUCUUUUUCAAUUUAUGCUUAAAUAAAUUUUUUUCUCUCUUGGCUUUUUUUUCUUGCGUCCCUUUGGCACCGAAAUCAUACGAAGCAUCCCGAAAUUAUAAUUAUUAUAAUAUUUUCUCCUGCAAGUUCAACAAUCAAGACUCAAGUCACAGUAAAUUAUGUACAGUAAAUAGUAAUUAGUAAAUACAUAGACCCUCUUGUUGUUUUUUAAUUUUAUCCUCCUUCUCAAUUUAACGCAUUAUGUAUUAAUAAUUAAUAAUUUAUUGUGUAUGUGGUAUCAUCAAGUCAAGGCCAGGGGUGUGUGUGUGCAUGUGUAUAUAUAAGAUAUAAGAGUGAUAAUAUAAUAAUAACAACAAUAAAAACAACAAUUGGCAAAAUAAUUUUAUUGUUGACUGUAUGAAUUAUUAUUGUGUGUAGGGUGUGUGUAUAUGAUGAUGAUACUGCAGCUAAAUAACUUGUCAUGGUGAUGCAUUUAAUUAAGAAUCAAAAAAAUUUUUUAAUAUUUUAUUGAUAAUAAUAAUAAUAAAUAAAUAAAUAAAUAAAAGAUUGACAACAAGCAAAAAUGAAGCAAUCAUGGAUUAUGUUUUUGUUGAUUGGAAUGAUGGUGGUAAUGAUGAAUAUAUUGAAAAUAGUUGAAUCAACAAUAAUUGAGCCAGUUGAAGAGCUUCAACAUCAUGGUAGAUGUGAAGCAAUAAGAAUACCUCUGUGUCAUAAUCUUCCUUAUAAUGAAACAAUGAUGCCAAAUCAUUUGAGACAUGCAAAACAAGAAGAUGCUGGUCUUGAAUUACAUCAGUAUGUAGCUUUAAUUAAAGUAAAUUGUAGUCCAGAUCUUAGAUUUUUUUUAUGUCUAAUGUUUGCACCAGUUUGUACUGUACUUGAUAAGCCAUUAUUACCAUGUCGUUCAAUUUGUGAAAGUGCUAGAAAUGGCUGUGAGGGUAUUAUGAAAAAUUUUGGUUAUCCAUGGCCACCAAGUUUUGAAUGUGAAAAAUUGCCAGAAUUUGGUGAUGGUCCAAAUGUCAUUUGUGUUGGAAUGAAUAAAUCAUCAUCGUCGUCUUUAUCAACAACACCAUCAUCAUCAUCACUAUCAUUAACAUCAUCAUCAUCAUCAAUAAAACCAUAUUAUUCACCAGCACCACCAGAGUUUAGUGGUGGUGAUGGAAUAAAUUCAUGGCAAAAAUCUGGUUUUGCAAUAACUGGUGCUAGAGAUAUUGGUUUUAUUUGUCCAUUACAUUUUCAUGUACCACCAGAACAUGGUUAUACAUUACAUGUUGGUGAUAAAAUUGUAUCUGAUUGUGGUGCACCAUGUGAUGGUAUGUUUUUUAGUGAAAAUGAAAGACAAUUUGCUAAACUAUGGAUUGGUUCAUGGGCAACACUUUGUGCUGCAUCAUGUUUUUUUACAUUUUUAACAUUUUUAAUUGAUACAAAUAGAUUCAGAUAUCCAGAAAGACCAAUAAUAUAUUUAUCAGUAUGCUACAUGAUGGUGUCACUUGUAUAUGUUAUUGGUUGGAUUGCUGAUAAAGAUAUUGCAUGUCAGGCACCAUUUUUAAAUGAUCAACAUCCACAAGCUAGAAUGGUAUCAACAAUAACUCAAGGAACAAAAUAUCCAAUGUGUUCAUUUUUAUUUAUGACACUUUAUUUUUUUGGUAUGGCAUCAAGUAUUUGGUGGAUAAUAUUAGCACUAACAUGGUUUCUUGCUGCUGGAUUAAAAUGGGGUAAUGAAGCUAUUGAAGCACAUUAUGAAUAUUAUCAUUUUUUUGCUUGGUCAAUACCAACAAUAUUGACUGUUGUAAUAUCAGCAAAAGGAAAAAUAGAAGGUGAUGUUUUGUCUGGUGUUUGUUAUGUUGGAUUAUGGAAUGUCGAGACACUACGACUUUUUGUUUUAGCACCAUUAUGUAUAUUUCUUGUAUUGGGAACAAUAUUUUUAUUUGCUGGUUUUGUAUCUUUAUUUCGUAUUCGUACUGUUAUGAAACACGAUGGUACAAAAACUGAUAAAUUGGAAAAAUUAAUGAUAAGAAUUGGUAUAUUUUCAGUGCUUUAUACUGUACCAGCAUUAUCUGUUAUUGCUUGUUUAAUAUAUGAACAAGCAUACUUUGACAGUUGGAUGACAACAUGGCACAAUGAAAUGUGUUCAAAAAAUGCUUAUUCAAUACCAUGCACAAUGAAUCCACAAAAACGUAAAAUAAAUUCACAUCCAAUAUUUGCAAUAUUUAUGAUUAAAUAUUUAAUGGCAAUGGUUGUUGGUUUUACAAGUAGUGUAUGGGUAUGUUCAAGUAAAACAUUAACAAGUUGGCGUAAAUUUAUAAAUCACAUACGUGGAAGACGAGUUGAAGCCUACGUUUAAUUUAUUUAUUUAUUUAUUAUUUAUAUUAUAUAUAUAUAUAUAUAUAUAUAUAUACCUAUAUGAUACUGCCUGUCUGCCAACUAUAAAGCAUCAUCAUCAUCAUCAUAAAAAAUAUGGACCAAGUUUCUGCAGUUAUUUGGCUUUUAUAAUUGUAUCGUUGUACUAUUUUUAUUGCAACUUUUUUAGUUUUUAUAUUUACCUAUCUCUCUAAUUUUGAAGCUCAGAUUUUUAAUACAAUAAUUAUUAGUUUAUAUUAAAUUGACUGAAUAUAUAAAAUACUCAAAACAAGACUUUUAUAAAUAAAAACUCAAUUUUUUUACUUUGAUAAAUUUAUUUGUGCAAGAAUGUGCUAAAAGUAGAAUUUUAAAAUUGACUUGAUAUAAAAACUCAAGAAACCAGUGUAAAUAAAUAUUAUACUUACUUACUUACUUUAGUUUUUAAUUUUUGAAUUUGUAAAUAUUCGAAAGUCGAGUAUAAUACAAACAAUAUGUUAAAAAUUAAUUGCAUAGCAUCUCUCUGUUGCUUUAAUUUAAGUUAAAAUAAUCAUGAUAAUUAUAUUACUCUUUCUCAUAAAAAAAAAAGCAAUAUAUUGUCAACUAGAAAAAAAAUCAAUUGAUAUAAAUGAAAAAAUUCAUUGUUUUUUUUUUUGUUUGUUUGUUAAUUGAUAACAAUCAUAAAUUCGUCCAUUGUGAACUUUGUCGAGCUUUUUGUUACAUUAUAAGUAAAAUUGGCAAAUUAAAUGAAAAAAUAAGAAAUUUAUAUUUAAAAAAAUAAAUAUAUAUUAUGUAAAAUGUGUAAAAUUAUUAUUACAAGUUACUUUUUAUGAUGAAAAAUAAAAUAAUACCCAUAAACAC